CGUCGCCAAGUGUGGCGUCAAAGCGCUCGAGCACAUCGAAUUCGACAUGUCUUUCGGCCGACCACCAUCCGUUAACGUUGGAUUUAAGACGACACCCCCAGACCGUGGAUCGUUUCCUCUCGACCAUUAUGGUGAAUGCAGCAAGCAAAUGAAAGAGUACAUGGAAUGUCUCAAGAAAAACUCGAGCACCUCAACACCUUGCAGGACAUUCAAUAAACAGUAUUUGGAAUGCAGGAUGUCAAAGGGUUUGAUGGAGCGUGACGAGUGGUACAAGCUCGGUCUAGGCGAUGUCGAGGACGCUGCGAGCACAAAAGCUAGGGUUCCGUCACAAUCUACAAGUACGUAGUCCUGAAGGGAAUUGCACGUCAUGUCAAUUCGCCUUCGUUAAGUCUUACAUUUUCCCUAAGG